CAGAAAUAAGCAGCAUUAAACUCAUACUAAAUUAUUAGAAGAAUAUGGGAUUAGCGUAAAUUUGGUUGUAAUUUUAAGAUUAAAAAUUUGUCAUCCGAAGAAAGUAUUAGAUUUUAUAACAUGAAUAAAAAGGAGAAAUCCGAUUCUAGUUCUCGCGAGAAGAAGGCUAAAAGAAUUAAAACUCACCAUUCAAGACCAAAUAUUCUCUCUAUUAUUCCUGUAAAUACUGAUUGUUUUCGUUUGGAAGAACAAGAAGCAUCUGAAAAUUGUCAUCUACGUUUUAUAGAAAUCUGUGAGAAAAUACGUGCUACAUUUCAGUCCAUGUUGGUUGUGAAAAAAGGAAAAGAAAAUGAGGAGUUUCUGCUUCAAAAUAAACCCCGCGUCACAAUGUGGGUCAUAAGUUUAAAAAAGUUGAACCGAUUAGAUAAACAUCACUGGAAGAAGUCAAGGGAUGCUGUGAAUGAUAAAAAGCAAAAUAUAGAUGCUUUGACUCUACAAUGGCAAAAUCUUUUGUACGAAGCUACUCACCUUCAAAAGGAAGUUACAAAAUGCUUAGAAUUCAGGUCAAAAGAUGAAGAAAUUCAACUUGUUUCUGUUGAAGAAUUUUACAGAGAUGCUCCCAAAUCUAUAUCUAAGCGUCAAGUUACUUCAAAUGAUACUCAUCAACUGAAAUUAGCUCGCUUAUUAUGGGAGUCAGAACAGAGGAAAAUAAAUGCUGCAAAACUGAAGGAAUUGGAAUUGAAAAAAGAAGAAUAUAACCAAGAGAUUAAAAAACUGAAGCAAAAUCUUGCUAAUAUUCGACCCAUAUUAAAGAGCAUUAUAGAGGCUGCUGAACCAUUCCAAAGCAAAAUGGGAAUGCCUUUCUUUGCAAAACAAAAGAUGCAUGUUGCUGCUAAGUAUCUUCCAAGGCCACUCUAUGUGUUAUAUGUUCAAGCUAACGCCUAUUUAGACUAUUCUGGUAAAAAGAUAAAAAUAACAGUAGAGGGAAAUAUUGAUGAUGUGAAGGCUCUUCAGUUGAAAAGAGAUGAAUUAUCUGAAGAAAGUGGUGAAUCUGAUCAAGAAGAUAAUGCAGAAAGUAGCAUGCACAGACAUACACUGUCUCGGAGCAAGAGCAAUGUCAGUAAAGACAUUAUGAUGAAACAUCCCAUGUCAGUUCAUGUCACUAUAGAUGUUGAUGAUUCCAGUGUUCAACUGCAAUUUAUGUAUAUGGUUCAUCUUAAUAUUAUAACAGUUAGUACUGUUUCUCUUAUUCCAGAACCAAUGUCUGAUGAUAAAAUUGGGGAUUUAUUAAGACAUGAUGUUUUUCUCAAUUGCUUAUUUCCAAAUGAUACUGGUCGAGAUACUCCCAAUCUUUCAAACAUUUUUCUUCUCAGGAAAAAAUUUGGGCCUGAAGAACAUCCCUUUUCCAAUGAAACAACUGGUUUGCCAUAUAUUUGGGCACAAGAAAUAUCUGGAUUACUCUUCAUAUCACCCAAUGAGAAUACUAAUGAAUACAAGCAAAUGUAUAAAGAAAUUCCUUUCAGAAUGGAGAGAUCAAUCAAUGCAAUUUGCACUCGUCUCACAUCUAGGCAGCAGCUUUAUCAGCAAAUUAUUUCUCUUGAGCAAAGAAUAAAUGUGCCACCAACUUUUGCUGCUCUCUAUCCUUCAAAAAUUUCAUCACAGCUAAAGUCAUGGAAUCCAACCUCUUGGAAGGAACUCGCUAAUGCCACAAGCAUUGAUGAACUCAUGAACCUUAAUAUUGUUGCUCAAGAUCAUCUCAUAUACAGUGCACAGUUAGAUCGGGGAUCAGCUUGCUUGUGUGCUUUUGUUUGUAUUGACCCCAGUUAUCCAGUGAAGACACCGGUGUUUUUACUACAGUUGUUUUGGAAAGGAACUCACACUUCAGUUUCAAGUUUUGCUUUGAGAGAGCUUGAAGAGGAAGUAAACGUUCAUUUUGUUGAAAGCCUGCCAGAGGAGUAUAAAUCGAAUCUGUUGCUGUGUCAACUCUAUCAUUUAGCCGUGUGUUUUGAUGUUUUCUUAGAAACUGAACAUUCUGGUGACUCUUUUGAAGGCCCACACGAGUUUGUUAGGGACAAAGUUGUUGUAAAACAUACAAGGGGUCGUACUCAUAGUCGCCCUUACAAAUGCAUAUCAAGUCAAGGAAUAUUUACUUACAGAUGAGAAAUAUCUGUUACAACUAAAUUUUGUAUCUCUCUGUUCUGCUCAUUUGUAUAUUUUUUUCCAUAAUAUUAAAUAUAUUUCUUUUUGA